GCGCUUGUCAGUUGUCAAGAAGAUGGCGGCUUCCUGGGCGGCAUGAAAAGAUGUAGAGUUAGCAAUAUCUACAGUGAAAGAAGCACCCAGGGUUGAAUUCGUUCUCCGAGUCCUCUCUCGUGAUUUUAAAAUUAAGUUAACGAAUCGGAAAGAAGAAGUGGACAUGGCUUCUUCAGGCACCUCGGUUCUGCAGCCGCGCUGGAAGAGGGUUUUGGGCUGGUCUGGCCCGGUUCCUCGCCCGAGACACGGACACCGAGCUGUGGCCAUUAAAGAGCUGAUGGUUGUGUUCGGCGGAGGGAAUGAAGGGAUUGUGGAUGAGCUGCACGUCUAUAAUACAGCCACCAAUCAGUGGUUUAUUCCUGCUGUCAGGGGUGACAUUCCUCCCGGCUGCGCUGCAUAUGGAUUUGUGUGUGACGGCACCAGACUCCUUGUGUUUGGGGGCAUGGUUGAGUACGGAAAAUACAGCAGCGAUCUUUAUGAACUACAGGCCAGUAGAUGGGAGUGGAAACGUUUAAAGCCCAAAGCCCCCAAAAAUGGCCCACCACCAUGCCCUCGCCUGGGACACAGCUUUUCUCUAGUUGGAAACAAAUGCUACUUGUUUGGUGGACUGGCAAAUGACAGUGAAGAUCCCAAAAACAAUAUUCCCAGAUACCUGAAUGACCUCUACACACUCGAACUACGCCCGGGGUCAAACGUAGCAGGCUGGGACAUGCCUAUUACGUACGGUGUGCUUCCCCCUCCUCGCGAGAGCCACACUGCUGUCGUCUACACAGAGAAAACGUCCAAAAAGUCUCGUCUCAUCAUCUACGGCGGCAUGAGUGGCUGCCGUCUUGGAGACCUCUGGACUUUAGACAUAGAUACUUUAACCUGGAACAAACCUGCCAUAAGUGGAGUGGCACCUUUGCCCCGCAGUCUCCACUCUGCCACCACUAUAACCAACAAGAUGUUUGUGUUUGGUGGAUGGGUCCCUCUGGUUAUGGAUGAUGUCAAAGUAGCCACACACGAGAAGGAGUGGAAGUGCACUAACACUUUGGCCUGCUUAAAUCUAGACUCAAUGUCUUGGGAAACAAUCUUGAUGGACUCUCUCGAGGAUAAUAUCCCACGGGCCAGAGCUGGACACUGCUCUGUUGCUAUUAACAAUAGGCUGUACGUCUGGAGUGGAAGGGACGGCUAUCGCAAAGCCUGGAACAACCAAGUUUGCUGCAAAGAUCUGUGGUAUUUGGAGACAGAUCGUCCUCAACCCCCAUCACGUGUUCAGCUGGUCCGUGCCAACACUAACUCUCUGGAGGUGAGCUGGGGGGCAGUGCCUACCGCUGACACUUACCUGCUGCAGCUACAGAAAUACGACAUCCCUGCUGCAACAGCUGCCACAUCGCCAACAGUCAACCCCAUCCAGUCGUUACCCAUCAACUCGCCUAGGAGUCCGGUGGCCGCCACUGCUGCUCCUGCAGCUCAGAGCAUGCCCCUCUCUGGGGUCACACUGGUGCCACAAGUCCCUUCCCCCACAACCGCCAUGCCAACCAGCCCGCUUGCAGCCUCACCUCGUGGACCAGCUAUUCUUAAAGUGGCAGCGCCUCAUUCGACCCCCGGGACGUCAGUCGUUACUGUGCGUCAGGCCACUCCUGGAGGAAAAUCCCCAGUCACGGUUACAUCACUUCCUGCAGGCGUCCGCAUGGUUGUCCCCGCACAGAGCACCCAGGGGACGCCAAUUGGCAGCAGCCCUCAGAUGAGUGGCAUGGCUGCUUUGGCUGCAGCUGCAGCCGCCACACAGAAGAUCCCGCCCUCUUCCACUGUGCUAAAUGUUCCAGCUGGAGCCACCAUCAUGAAAACCGUCAAUGUUACUCCUGGAUCCACAACUCUGCCAGCUACUGUCAAAGUAGCUUCACCUGUAAUGGUUACUAAUCCCGCGACCCGAAUGCUAAAAACAGCUGCAGCCCAGGUCGGCACUUCCUCUAUCUCUACUCCCAACACCCCGAAUCGACCAAUCAUCACUGUGCACAAAUCAGGCACAGUAACCGUAGCCCAGCAGACCCAGGUUGUUACCACCAUGGUCGGAGGAGUCACCAAAACUAUAACCCUAGUUAAGAGCCCCAUCACAAUGGGUAGCAGCGGUGCUCUGAUCUCCAGCCUUGGGAAGAUGAUGUCUGUUGUCCAAACCAAACCAGUACAAACAUCUGCGGUCACCGGACAGGCUGGAGGCAGUCCUGUCACUCUAAUUCAAACUAAGACUCCUCUGCCUGCUGGUACCAUCCUGAAACUGGUCACAUCUGCUGAUGGCAAGCCCACCACAAUCAUUACAACUUCCCAGGCAGGAGGGGCUGGCACCAAACCUACUAUCCUGGGCAUCAGCAGUGUCUCUCCAAAUACCGCCAACAAACCAGGCACCACCAUUAUUAAAACAAUUCCUAUGUCUGCUAUACAACAAGGAGCAACAGGUGUGACUAGCAGUACUGGCAUGAAGUCACCCAUCACGUAUAUCACCACUAAGGUUGUUACUCCUGGCACGGGUACUCCGGGGAAAUUCAUAACAGCUGUGCCUAAGCUAACAGCAGGUGCAGGACAACAGGGGGUCACACAGGUGGUCCUGAAGGGGGCACCAGGACAGCCCGGCACUAUCCUGCGCACUUUGCCUAUGGGCGGAGUGCGUCUGGUUUCACCAGGCACUGUGUCUGCCGGCAAACCAACAGUUACCACACUGGUCGUCAAAGGCACCACGGGAGUCACAACUCUGGGUACAGUAACUGGUACUGUAUCAACUAGUGCGGCAGGGGUCAAUGUGGCAAGUGCUAAUGCCAGCCUGGCUACUCCUGUCACCACACUUGCCUCCAUCGCCACAUUGUCCAACCAGGUGAUCAAUCCCACGGCCAUCACUGUAUCUGCUGCCCAGACCAGCCACGCCACCGCUACAAUACAAUCGGCACCCCAGCCUACUCAAGUAACCCUGAUCACAACUCCAAGUGGUGCUGAAGCCCAGCCUGCACAGGAUCUUCCUGUCUCCAUCCUGGCCUCUCCCACCUCAGAUCAGCCCUCCACCACUGGUGCUGAUGCUGGUGACGGCGCUGGCGACGGUGCUACCACCGUGACACUGGUCUGCUCCAACCCACCAUGUGAGACCCAUGAGACUGGUACAACCAACACGGCUACAACGGCUUCUGCCAAAAUGGGCACCGGACAGAUUUGUUCCAACCCUCCGUGUGAGAUGCAUGAAACGGGCACCACCAACACAGCAACCACCGCCUCUGCGAAUAUGGGCAGGGCACAGCAGGUCUGCACCAAUCCACCCUCAGAGACACAUGAUACGGGCACCACCAACACAGCCACUACUGCCAGCUGCAACAUGGGCUCUCAAAAGAUGGGCACCGUGAACAGCAAGACGGAUCCUGCUUCGUCAGCUUCAUCCUCAGCUUCUGGUUCAGAACAAGAAACGCCCGCCACAGAGGGCGGUGCUGGCGCCAUGCGACAGGAGACUCUCCGCACGGGUACCACCAACACCUCUACUACCGCCCGCUCCAACAUGGGCUCUGACCAGACGGGAACGGUGCAGAGCUCCAACAAGAGCCAAGCUUCCAUCUCCUCUACUAUGGUUCCUGUUUGCUCCAGCCCUUCAAGUGAAACGCAAGAGACGGACACCACAAACACUUCAGCUGAGUCUGGUGACGUCCAGCAGGUCUGCUCAAAACCACCCUGUGAGACACAUGAAACAGGGACGACUGAUACUGCUGCACAGUCAAGCUCCAGUAUGGAAAGUGGGCAAACCAAUGUUGUGGAGAGGGUGUGCUCCGAUCCACCCUGUGAAACACACGAAACGGGCACCACCAACACGCCGACCCAGGCCUCAUCUACUAUGGGUGCAGGACAGAGUGGCACCGUGCAAAAAGUGUCCUCCAAUCCUCCCUGUGAAACACACGAAACGGGCACUACCAACACACCGACUCAGGCCUCAUCUACUAUGGGUGCAGGACAGAGUGGCACCGUGCAAAAAGUGUCCUCCAAUCCUCCCUGUGAAACACACGAAACGGGCACUACCAACACACCGACUCAGGCCUCAUCUACUAUGGGUGCAGGACAGAGUGGCACCGUGCAAAAAGUGUGUUCCAAUCCUCCCUGUGAAACACACGAAACGGGCACUACCAACACACCGACCCAGGCCUCGUCUAAUAUGGGUGCAGGACAGAGUGGCACCGUGCAAAAAGUGUGUUCCAAUCCUCCCUGUGAAACACACGAAACGGGCACUACCAACACACCGACCCAGGCCUCAUCUAAUAUGGGUGCAGGACAGAGUGGGACCGUGCAAAAAGUGUGUUCCAAUCCUCCCUGUGAAACACACGAAACGGGCACCACCAACACACCGACCCAGGCCUCGUCUAAUAUGGGUGCAGGACAGAGUGGGACCGUGCAAAAAGUGUGUUCCAAUCCUCCCUGUGAAACACACGAAACGGGCACUACCAACACACCGACCCAGGCCUCGUCUUCUAUUGGUGCAGGACAAACUGGCGCUGUCCAAAUGGUGUGUUCCAAUCCUCCCUGUGAAACACACGAAACGGGCACUACCAACACAGCCACCACUUCUACAAGCAGCUUAGAAACUGGAGAAGGAACAGCCCAGCAGGGUGGUGAUGGACCGAGUGACAGCGGCACCAGCUCAGAACCCACGUCAUCUACAGAACCAGCCAAUCCCACAACACAAAGCAGAGCCAUCACCACAGUAACACAGGCCACGCCCACUCCAGGACCAUCAGUACCGGAGAUUUCGUCUAUGGCCGGAUCUGCGGUAGUGGCUGAGGUCCCGGGAGAGGCGGAGGCCAUGGAGCAGACCAGCGCAGAGGCCGUAGCAGCGGGAGAAGAGCCCAUGCAGACCGAGUGUCAGGGAGAGCUGAGUGAAGAGGGAGCCAUCAGGGUCGUUGCCAUAGAAAGUGCAGCGGGUGAUGAGGGCACCAUGCUACAGGUUCAUGUUGCAAUGGAAGCACAGCCAGGUCAAGGAGAUCAGGCUGAGCAGAUGGAGGCCGGUGUGGAUGCUGCAGAAGCGAUGAGUCUAGCUGCUCAAGACUCCGAAGCACUCGCUCUUCCCCAGGAGCUGAUGUCUGCAGAAGGACAGCAAACUACCCUCAUGGUGACUGGACUGACCCCAGAGGAGCUGGCUGUGACGGCAGCGGCUGAGGCUGCGGCACAGGCUGCGGCAACAGAAGAAGCGCAGGCCCUCGCCAUCCAGGCUGUCCUACAGGCGGCUCAGCAGGCUGUGCUCAGUGCGGGAGACGCAGGUCAUGAUGGGCACCAGUCCACCACCAUCCCUAUAGUUUUGACCCAGCAGGAACUCGCUGCUCUAGUUCAGCAACAGCAGCAGCUCCAGGAGGCGCAGGCGGCUGCAGCCCAGCAGUUGAGUGCUGAAGCAGCUGCAGCUGCGCUGCCUACCGAAGGCUUGGCACCAGCAGACAGCCUCAACGACCCUGCGUCUGAGAGUAAUGGCCAUGAGAUGGCAACCGCUGUUACUAGAGCUGUGGCCAGUCUCCUUCCACGCACUUCUGCAGAGACUCUAGCCCCAUCAAGUACUUUUGCACCAUCUCAGACGAUUUUGGUCGCCAGCCCUGCCAAGAUGCAAGCAGCCAAUGCUUUAGCUGAGGUGGCCAAUGGGAUUGAAUCAGCUGCUGGGAAACAAGAAGCGCCUCCAGCAGUCGUGAGGCCUCCAGUGAAGAAAGAGAAUCAGUGGUUUGAUGUUGGUUUCGUUAAGGUCACAAACAUGGUUGUCACUCACUAUUAUGUGCCAGCUGACGAUUCAGCAGUUACUGAUGAUGAUUCUGGCACAAUCCCAGACUACAGCCGAAUGAAGAAGAUCGAACUGUCUCCAGGCACUGCGUACAAGUUUCGCGUGGCCGGUGUCAAUGCGUGCGGCCGCGGAACAUUCUCUGAGGUCUCUGCGUUUAAAACCUGCUUACCUGGCUUCCCUGGAGCACCGUGUGCCAUCAAAAUCAGCAAGAGCCCCGAUGGUGCCCACCUGACCUGGGAGCCUCCAUCAGUAACAUCAGGGAAGAUCAUUGAGUAUUCAGUGUAUCUGGCCAUCCAGAGCUCGCAGACGGUCGAGGCGAAAGCAUCUACUCCGGCUCAGCUUGCCUUUAUGCGGGUGUACUGUGGUCCCAACCCGUCCUGCCUAGUGCAGACAUCUAGUCUCUCCAACGCCCACAUCGAUUACACCACCAAACCCGCCAUCAUCUUCCGCAUCGCCGCCCGCAAUGAGAAGGGCUACGGCCCCGCCACGCAAGUCAGGUGGCUACAAGAAACCAGUAAAGAUGGCUCUGCGGCCAAACCUGCAGCAAAGAGGCCGGUCUCGUCACCUGAUAUGAAAGGCACUGGUCCAAAGAAGGCCAGAUCUGACCAGUGAGAGCUCACUGUGACCCCUGACUCCGCCCUCAUUAUGAGCAGAACCAUGACUGAAAUCCACUUCCUGCUGAAUGACCUUCCUGCUUCCACUUCUCACACCAUUCCAUCCUCUGCAACGAAAUGGAAGGAAACUGCAGCCAAAAAAAGGAAAACAGUUUGUUUCCAUUUGAGAAAUCUGCUCCCAUCACUGGACAUUUUGGUGCCAUGGACGCCUUAUUUCCAACUGUAUUUUUAAAAAAAACACAUAAAUGUUCCUCCUCAAAAGCACAUACAUUUGCUUUCCUGACAAUUUUGUGUAAAGAGAUUCCAAUGGCAGCGUUCAGUCUCAUUAUAACUGUAUUAUCAGAUAUUCAAUCUUUGUUUUCCUCCCUUGAUAUUCUUUUUUUUUUAAGCUUAUUUCAAUACAAGCAAUAGAUAAACAGAAAAAUAACUUUGCUCUUGUCAGUUUGUCGAUGAUUUCAUUAUUUGGCCGAGUCUGUGUUUCAAACGUGCUGAAAGGAGACUGAUAUACGGAAGAGGGAGUGCGGAUGACAAAACGGCGCCGGGGAAACAUCAAAAUAAAAUGAAAACUAACAGCACUUGGUGAUGCUUGUGAGGGAAAAGACUCAGUUCAUUCAGAGAAUCUGUAAUUAUUCAUUCACUUCGAGUUCAGUAGCCUGUUUUUCAUCACUGUGUGUUCAUACAUUUGCUGUGAGGGACAAUUGAGGACUGCAACGCUGAAGACUAAAAGGACUUCAAUCUAUGUAGAUGAAAAGCAUACUACUUUUGCAUUGCGUCAACCAGAUCUUGUAUAAAGAGAGAGGAAAAAAAUCCCCAAAAAUAGUAAAUGAUUGAUACAGGA